AUGGCUGCAAAGUUCGCUUUCUUCCCACCGCCACCAACAUACGACGUGGGUAAAGACGAGGAGACCGGAAAGCUUAUGUUCACCGGGAUAACACCAGAAAAAAGCAUGGAUGUUCAUCAGCUUACCACCAAAUCUGGCAACAAGGUCAUUGCCACGUUUUGGAAACACCCUUUCUCUAGAUUCACUCUUCUUUAUUCACAUGGCAAUGCCGCGGAUCUCGGCCAAAUGGUUGAUCUCUUCAUCGAGCUUCGAGCUCAUCUCCGCGUCAACAUUAUGAGCUAUGAUUAUUCAGGCUAUGGAGCUUCAACAGGCAAGCCAACUGAGCUCAAUACGUACUAUGAUAUCGAGGCUGUGUACAAUUGCUUGAGGACCGAGUACGGGAUCAUGCAAGAGGAAAUGAUUCUAUAUGGUCAAUCCGUUGGAAGCGGACCAACAUUGCACUUAGCAUCUCGAGUAAAGAGACUAAGAGGGAUUGUUCUUCAUAGCGCAAUUCUCUCCGGCCUCAGAGUUCUGUAUCCUGUCAAAAUGACAUUCUGGUUCGAUAUGUACAAAAACAUUGACAAGAUACGCCAUGUAACAUGCCCUGUUCUUGUCAUACAUGGAACAAAAGAUGAUAUUGUGAAUAUGUCACAUGGGAAGCGAUUGUGGGAACUAGCAAAGGACAAGUAUGAUCCAUUGUGGGUAAAAGGAGGAGGGCAUUGCAACUUGGAAACAUACCCCGAGUACAUCAAGCAUAUGCGAAAGUUCAUGAACGCCAUGGAGAAACUCGCUCUCAACAAUCCACCAAACAAACAACAAAACGACGAGCCAAGCAUCAAGGAAACUAAACAAAAUCGGUGCUUGAGAUUCAGCAAAAGAUAGAGAGAGCUGGAUUUUGAAGAUAGAAACACAUAACUAAUUCCUUGCGUGCAAGUUGCGACAACACACAAAGGCGUCAUUUCCUCAGACAAUGCUAUCGAAUGCAAUAACAGUAGAACAAGAAAUCAUCUUUGUAGGAUAUAGCCUUUGUCAUUCGAACAAAAUACUUAUCAUUACUUGUAGUUGAAGCUACAGAACAUUAAAAAGCUCCCAACUCUUUUUACCCCGACGCAUUCAUAUC